GAAAACGAGCGCUGUCCCGUCUGUUGACGUCGGGCUGUGACGUGGCACGCAGCCCGGGUCAGGCCCGACACUUGUGUCUGUAUUACCGUUGGAAAAAAACGCGUAUUUCUCUUGUGAAGGCAGCCGGUUUGGUUAUUCGUGUAGUCUGGAACAUCCACCUGUUUAUUUUCAUCUUCCUGCAGACAUCUUUAGGAUGGGGAAUAGUCCGCCUGCUUCUGUAGGAUUGUCUCAUGAUGCUGCUGUCAAUCAAAUACAGGAGACUAUUUCAGACAACUGUGUGGUGAUUUUCUCCAAAACAACAUGCGUCUACUGCAAAAUGGCAAAAAAACUUUUUGAGGAUAUGAAUGUAAAUUAUACAGCUGUAGAACUGGACAUGAAUACAAACGGAAGUCAGUUUCAAGACAUUCUUGAACAGAUGACUGGUGGCAGAACAGUCCCAAGAGUGUUUGUCAAUGGGACUUUUGUUGGAGGCGCUACAGAAACUCAGAGGCUUCACAAGGAAGGCAAACUGCUUCCGCUAGUUCAUCAGUGUCAACUGAAAAUAAAAUCCUGAACAGCCAUCUAGCUUAGCAUAGUCUUCCCUUGUCUAAACAGAAUUUUAGACAAGUUAGAAGAUCACAAAGAUACACUGCAUCAGCUGGACUCAACAACUUCAAGCCCUGGGUUUCUAAAUCAUAUAUCAUCCUCUGACACAGACUUUAUGGACUUGGCAGACUACUUGGUGUCCUUGCCUCAGCUUUACCACAACCAAAAUGGUGAUAAAAAACCAUGAUGUAACUCUUGGGGCUGUAAUUGUGAGAUACUGACAUAAUUUUAUUGUUACUACAUCCUGAUAGCAUGCUUUGGAGAAGUAUAGAGCGUACAAGAAGAAUCCUGUGUUUGUUUUGCUGCAUAUGAGUUGGCUUUCUAGCUUUGUUCCAACUUUUAAAUGAUCAGUUUAGUUUAAUGGUGCCUUUAAAUUUAAUUCUCUGAAUGUUAAAUUGUAAUCAUGAAGACAGUGUGAAGCGAAACAAGUUUGUAGCGAUACUGCUGUAUGUACGUCUGCCUUUCUGACAUUUCAGCAUCUGACCCCUAGCUACCCAACUGUAUGUCCAGUUGCUACAGAAAAGGGAAUAAAGAUUUGUGCAGCUUUAGAGGUGUAGGCAAUGGCUUUCAUCUUUACUCUGCUCUAUGAAGCAUCAGUGUCUUUAGUGUCAUUCGGGAAUAUCCUUCUAAGGGAGCCAGACAGCAGACAGAUAGCCCUCACAAAACUGUGCAGCUACAAACUAUGUAAUAAUCAAUCCAACACUAUUAUGAAACUUAAGACCAAGUAAAAUGGGUCUAAUAUGCAUAGAGUUUAUUUAGUACUUAAAUUCUACAGUCAGAAUGCAGUUUACUAGUGAUUUUAACUUGCAGUUUAGUGUCUACAAGAAAUGUCUAAAAUUCAGUUUUAGUUUCAGUACAAAGUACAUCCAAAGCCAGACCAGGCAAUGCCAAGACUCUGAGUUACUUCAAGAAAAUUCAUAUGCAAGUAGAAAAUUAUAUCCCAUUCUUCAGUGAAAGGGACCAUUACACUACUAAAGGUGCACGGUUUAGAAUAAAAACAUUAGUCAAUGAAUUUUUACUCCCUCCUUGCGAGUAAGACUCCUGUUACUUCUAUUGCUUUCAGCACUGCUUGCACCUAAACUACUUUUUUCCCCCCUCAAGGGAAAAAAAGCAUCACAUUUAUCUUCAACUCCAGAUCAUUAGGACUGUCAGAGUAUCAUAUAAAUUUGACAGCUUCAGUUUUGUGAUGCGGGUUUGAAGUAAGUUUAAACCACAUCAUUUGUAGGAAGUCUUUAAUAUACAGCUGCCUGCACUGUGCACCUUUAACGUGUAAUGAGCUAAAGAAACACACCGACCUCGUUAUAUUUUUAUUAUUGCUGUUUACUGUAUUUUGCCUUUUCAUCACUGCCUUAUUAAAAUUUUGUUUACCAGGACACACUUAUCAAGGUUAAACACACAAAUGUGCAUCUCUCCCUAAAUUUGUACUUAAUAAAGCAAUUUAUUUUGCACAUACA